AUGUGCAUCUUGUUUCCAUCAAGCAUAGGUGAUUUGGGCUUGACUUGGUUUGAGAAGUUUCCAAAAGGUAGCAUUGCAUCAUGGGCACAACUUGUGGAGGCAUUUGUCAUCAACUUUAAAACAAACACCAAGAUGCCCAUUGAGAUGGAUCAGUUACUCAUCAUCGACAUGAGUGAGAAAGAAACAUUGAAGUCCUACAACAACAGAUAUUGGGAGAUCUUCAACCAAAUAGAGUGCACUAACACAUCCAGGGAAAAGAAAGAUGGCGCUCGCACCAAGGCAAAGUCUGACACAAUAGCGAUGUUGGACAAAAGGCCUUCGGCAAAAGCUAACACGGUUGACAAGAAAGAUCGAUCGCGGAAAAAUAAUCGUAGUAAAGAUCCCAAAGCAAGGAGGCUAAGGGUUUACACCGCUAUUACAACGGUGUUCAAGAAGCCCAUCUACCUCAUAUUGAGUGAGAUAUGUGACGAACCCUUCGUUCAGCAGCCUGCCAAAUUGGGUGAAGCUCACAGAAGGGAUAUGACGAACGGUAUAGGUGCACAUUCCAUGAUGAAGUAG